UUGAACAAAAAGAAGAAGAAGAAGAAGAAGUCAUCAACGCUCUCCUACUGUCCGUCACAUCCAGGCAGCUCAAGGCUAACGACCCUCGGAAUGAAAAUGCCGUCGUCUUUAUUCAACAUUGCCUUGGUUUCUUUUAUGCUGGUUUUUAUUGCGUCAUAUUUCGGAGAGGUGUUAGCCGAUGGCAAAGGACGAGGAUUUGGGGACCAUAUUAACUGGAGGAGCCUUGAAGAUGGGAAGAAGGAGGCAGAAGCAAGUGGACUCCCUCUGAUGGUCAUUAUUCACAAGACUUGGUGUGGAGCCUGUAAAGCUUUAAAGCCCAAGUUUGCUGAAUCAAAGGACAUCUCUGAGUUGGCUCACAACUUUGUCAUGAUUAACUUGGAGGAUGAAGAGGAGCCAAAAGAUGAGGCCUUCAGCCCAGAUGGCGGAUACAUUCCAAGAAUACUUUUCCUUGAUCCCACUGGCAAAGUCCACUCUGAGAUCACGAACAAGAAUGGGAACCCCAACUACAAGUACUUCUACAGCAAUGCAGAUCAAGUUGUGGCUAGCAUGAAGGAAGCUCAAGACAAUCUGACUGGCGAUACCUUCAGGACCCCUCACAUCGGGGAUGAACUCUAAGAAGAAGGGAAGAAGCGGCAUGGAAAGAUCUCAGCCAGAAUACUGCAUCACCUUACUGGCCACAUUAGAUCCAUCCAUCCAUCCAUUCAUCUCCAACCUCAACUCCUCCUGCCAUUUCAUUUGAUCUGCUAUAGCACAAGACAAACUUCAAAAAUGAAGGAAUUUAUAAUGCAUUUACGGAUUACAUUUUAAAGUAUCGCAGCUUGCGGUUGAUUGGCUUAUUACUUUGAGAACCAAAGCAUACUUACUGUCCAUGUCACAUAAAGGGUGCUAAAAGUUUUUUUUUCAUCUUGCAUUUCAGAAAUUCAAAGCUGAUGA